AUGUCAGCCACAACCUCCAACUUUUUCCCACUGGCGACCGAUACCUAUUUUCCAGACACACCCGGCGAUGCCAGCUCAUCUGGGAAUGGAGUCGACACCGAGGCAGGCGCAUCUGGUGACAGCCCUGGAGCAGUCGACUUGUCCCGCGAAGCUAUGAUCGCUAUCAUCGUAGUCGUCUCCGUGGUUGGCGCUCUUGGAAUUGGCAUGGCCAUUUUGUUCUAUGUUGCCAAGAAGCGUGAAUGGAAGAUCAGAGAGACCAUGCGCAAGUCCGCCAGGAAAGUCGUCACUGCCCUCACGCCGCGGAGGACCGAGUUCCCCCGAUCAGUCAAAGAGUCUUCAUCCCCGCCACGCAGCCACCGCGGCCUCGCGAGACUCGCUGAUGACGUGCCGCCCACACCCAGAGUCCGUCCAGAAGAUCUCGAAAAGGGUCUGGCACAGGCUGAGUCGAAGCGCAAGUUGAUGAGGUGGGGUCGGAAGUGA